AUGAUCCAACUAAAGACGAUGCUUAACUGUAUCGACAACUCGGGCGCCGCCCUUGUCGAAUGCGCCAUGAUUGUCGGCCAGAAGAGACAUGCCUCGAUCGGCGACCGGAUCGUCGUUGUUGUGCAGAAGCAGCGUGGUGCUGGUGCCGAGGGCAUGGCCGGUACUUCGGGUGCCAAGGUCAAGCGUGGUGAUAUCCGGCACGCCGUCGUUGUCCGGACCAGGCAACCCGUCCAGAGAAGAGAUGGCAGCGUCAUUCGGUUCGACGACAAUGCCUGCGUGCUGAUCAACAAGUCUGGUGAUCCCAUCGGCACCCGCAUCAACGGCGUCGUGGGUCAGGAGCUGAAGAAGAAAAAGUGGAGCAAGAUUCUCAGCAUGGCACCCAUGCAAGCGUAA